UGUCCUCGAGAUUCAGCCUCGUCUCUAGUCCAAGCGUCCCAAGACCCGAGUCACUGGAAAUCGACGCGUGAAAUAAAGAAACCAGCUCGGACUUCUCCCAGACCAAACACUUGUUCAGACAGGCCAGCGGUGGUUAGCCGUUGUUCUUUUCUGCUGGCCUAGAGUUUCAAGAGCCUUCUGCUCAACUAUUCUACAAUGUCAAAUGUGGCACUCUGGAAUCAUAGAAAAUAGUAUUUAAAAAAAUAAUUAUAUUUUGUAAAGUAUUUACCUGAAUGCUGUUAUCUUGGCAUUACCAGCGAAAAUAUGCCAUUGAACAUUUCAAGUGAACAGCGAUGGCAUCUGUCUACAGAACAAGGCUCAAUUUACAGAGAUAUAAAGAAACUAUAAAUGUUUUUUUUUUUAAUCGACAUAAUAUCCAAUAAACAGAUUAAAACAUAAACAAAAUGGUAGUACCUUCUGGAGUACGGCUGCUCAAAUGUGUCUAUUUAAAAUAUUUAGCCUAUAUUUUACUUAUAUGGGUAUUGACAUCUUUGUUCAUAUUUGGCAGCGAUCAUUCAUUUAUCCACAAGGUGUUAAAAUCAGACGUCUCCAACCGUCAGGUCUGCAUCCACCCUCGUCUUCAAGUAAAUGACCCAAUUAUGAUGAAACACUUUCGAAAGUAUCCGCCCAUAGUGUGUAAAGGAGAAGACAACUGGGUCUAUGUUUAUAAUGGAACUCUUUUGUUCAGCCAAGCAGCGUUGACAAAACACGUGAGUUUCUCGUGCACCUAUGAGCCUCUGAUUCGGGAAGGAGAUUAUAACUACACCUGGGGCGAGGCCAUCAACGUGACCAGCGGAUUUCAAGUCCCAACAGAUUUCUUCCAAAUAAACUGCACAAGUUUGGCCGGCAAGAGAUACGAAGGGAUACUCGCUGCCGCGGCGUACACGCCUCAGAGAGCCAUGAAAGAGGCGCCUCCCUUGAAGGAAGGGUUUGAGGGCCUCGGUGUCGCCAUACUGGGAUUUGAUUCCAUGUCUAGAAUGUCGUGGCUGCGUCGUCUGGCUAAAACCAGGGAGUACUUUUAUCACAAACUUGGCGCCAUUGAAUUAGAGGGACACAACAUUGUGGGGGAUGGAACCACUGCAGUCUUGUUCCCCAUGUUGACUGGAAAGUUUGAAUGGGAACUUCCAGAAGCGAGAAUGAACUUUCCCAAUGCAAGUCAGCUUGACGAUUUCCCAUUUAUAUGGCACGACUUCAGAAAAGCUGGUUACUUGACAUCCUGGAGUAAUGCUAAUCCAAAAUCAGCGCCCUUCCAUUGGCGAAUGUUGGGGUUCGAUCAGCAGCCUACAGACUUCUACACAAGGCCAUUUUAUCAGGCAUUUGAGGAUAUAUAUCCCAUAAGGAAAAGAAACUGCUCGGGAUCUGUGUCCUUCAGUCGGCUCUGGCUAAACUACUUCCGGGAUAUAUUCUACAUGUACAAACGUCAGAGGAAGUUUCUGUUCCACUUUCUGAUAGAGAUGACUCACGACAACAACAAUCUGAUCACCAAGAUGGACCAUGAAAUCAAGGAGCUAGUCCAGACACUGUAUGAGGGGGGCUACCUGAACAACACACUUUUGAUUCUCAUGGGCGACCAUGGCGCAAGAUACGAAAACGUUCGCUUCACGAUCCCAGGGAAGUUGGAAGAACGUCUGCCGUAUUUCUCUUUCUUAUUUCCUAAGUGGUUUGAAGAGAAGUAUCCAGAGGCCAUUCAGAAUCUACGGGACAACACAAAGAAACUGACCACUCCUUUUGACAUUCACGAAACGUUGAAAGAUUUCUUAAAGUUUGGGGGAACCGGAGAAGCUCGAGUUUCAGACCGUGGGAUCAGUCUUUUUAAAAAGAUACCUUUGGGGAGAUCUUGCCAACACGCUGGUAUAGCGCCUCACUGGUGCGCUUGUCUAGAAUGGAAAAAAGUUCCGAUGACAGAUCCAGCAGCCAAGGGCGCUCUCCGGUUCACCUUAAAGACCAUCAACAAUUACACCGCCGCUUACAGGGACGUGUGCGCCCUGCUCUCGGUGGAAAAAGUUACCGACGCCACCAAGAUGGAGACCAGACCUGAAGUGGUCAAAUUUUCCGAGGCAGACAGUCUAGGUGGCUUUUACAAAGUAGUCUUUAAUGAGACCAACACAAAUGACAUCGCCAUGUACCAACUGACUUUCUACACCACCCCAGGACACGGUCACUUUGAAGUGACAGUCACGCAUGACAUCAAACACAAAACUUACCGGGUUAGUGAGAAAGAGAUAAGCAGAAUCAACAAAUACGGCAACGAUCCGACCUGCAUUCUUAAGAAGAACCGACAGAUUCGACAGUAUUGUUACUGUAUAAGUAAUUUAGAUUCGUAGAGUCAAGUAAGUGGACAGUUAAAAAUAAAUACUGUACUGUAUUUGAACAAAAACCCAUGCAACUGGACAAUUUUAAACUAGGUUCAUGUCUGGGUUUUAAGAUUAUUUAAAAAAAAAACACCAAAUCAUUCGUUUGCUGUUUUAUAAAAGAAAUCGGUUUACAGCGCGAAGAAUUAUCUGAAACAGCUUGCUUAUUCAGAUAGAAGAUACUCCUAGCAUUGAUGUGUGAUUAUGUUUAACAUCUUAUUAAAUACCACAAUGCGGACAGAAAAAACUGUUAAAACAGAUAGACCGAUAAUCCUAGCAAUGGAAUAGAGUCGCCACAGAAAGAUCCUAGUUAUCGCAUUUAAAGACCGCAUCACUAACAAAAAGGUUAGAGACAGUUAUUACAGCAAUUAGAUCCCACGAAAAACUGCUUACUAGUGUAAAAAAAAACGCAAAAUGAAACUUUAUGGCAAUAUCGCAGCGUCUCAGGGCUCACAAAGACCUUCCUUCAGGGAACAGUACCAGGAAAAAGAAGAUGCAGACAGAGAAAGCGAUGGGAAGACAACAUGAAAGAAUGGACGGGCCUACCAUUGAAGGAGGCAAGACAGAGAGAAAUGGAGAAAGACGGUCAACAGAUUUUGUGUUGUGCCCCAACGGUCCAACAGACUAAGGCAUAGGUGAAGGUAAAGACCAAUUAUUUGUUAAACAAACUGCGAAGAGACAUAUGUUAAAGUGUGAUAAAGCUUGUCGUCCUAAUUCUCUUUUGAAGUAACGUCUGUGAUCUAUGCGAUAAGAAGAUACGAAAUACAAGAAUAGACAGAUAACCUGGUCAACUACAGACAGAUAACUUGGUCAACUACAGACAGAUAACCUGGUCAACUACAGACAGAUAACCUGGUCAACUACAGACAGAUAACCUGGUCAACUACAGACAGAUAACCUGGUCAACUACAGACAGAUAACCUGGUCAACUACAGACAGAUAACCUGGUCAACUACAGACAGAUAACCUGGUCAACUACAGACAGAUAACCUGGUCAACUACUGACAGAUAACCUGGUCAACUACAGACAGAUAACCUGGUCAACUUCAGACAGAUAACCUGGUCAACUACAGACAGAUAACCUGGUCAACUACAGACAGAUAACCUGGUCAACUACAGACAGAUAACCUGGUCAACUACAGACAGAUAACCUGGUCAACUACUGACAGAUAACCUGGUCAACUACAGACAGAUAACCUGGUCAACUACUGACAGAUAACCUGGUCAACUACAGACAGAUAACCUGGUCAACUACACAUAGUUUGUUAGAUCUUGAGUACAGAAAGUAGGCUAUAGUUAUAUCAGCCUUGAUAGAUGAAUUACCAGGUGGCUUGAUGAUCAGUCGGAAAAAAAAAAUAAACUGGCUAUUGAGUCAAUGCUUUUAUUUUGUAGGUAAAAAUGGAACAAAAUGUUCUAUGUCAAGUCUCGUGACACUGGAAGGCCAUGAAAUGCAAUGACAGUUUUUUUUUUUGGCAUUGAAAGAAUGACAGUCAGCGCACGAUGACAGAUGCUCGCAGAGUGGCAUAAUUACUGACACUAAUAGCAUGACUAAAAUGUUGUAAUGACUGACACUGGUUGUAUGAUUGACAUGAUACAAUGUCAGCAUUUAUCUGCAUAUUGACCAGUAGACGUGAAAACAGUAUAUGUAUAUAUAUAUCCCAACACCGUCCAAAUAUAAUUUUUUUACAAAUUAUGUAACUCUGUAGAUGUAAAAACUAAAUAACAGAAUUGUUUGGGCCAUGGAAAGACCUGAUGCAAUGAUAAAGGUGGAUGUUUUAAUGCCUGCGGUGGGGGAGUCUUCUAAAAUUAUCUCCUAAUUUUCAAUCUUUUUUAGAGAGGAAAAAAUGAAUUAGAAGUGACAUUUUAUCUAAACUUGUACUUAAACUAAGCUGGUCAUUUCAUGGACAGACAAGUGGUCAAUCUGACAACAUUAACGCUUAAAGCCUGAUAUUCUUCCGAUCUACACUACCUCCAAAGGCGCUUCAACGAUAAUGAGUUAUUUUACUACAUUAAUUAUGUGACAAAGUUCACUUCAAAAUACAAGAUUUUGGAUUGGAAUCCCUACAAGACAACCAAGGUUUAACAUUUUCCUUCAUUGUCAGAAGAAUUCUGUACCCAGCGGAGAAAUACCAAAGAAAGCUGAAUUCGAUUUGUGUUUAUCAAUAGCGAAUUCUACUACUGAAAAAAGUAUGAUCUGUGAACACCGAUUUUAAAAUACAAAAUAAACUCUACUAAACGGACUUUUCAUUAUGAAAAAACAAUGCCAGCAUACAAUUCACAUUCGUCCUUGACUUAAACUUUUAGUUCUGCAGCCUCGUAAGAUAAUGAAGGUGCCGAAGCAUCAUGGGAAGAGAGUUACCGACGUACUAAUUUCAAUUGAAAAUACGACUUUGUAUGUUUCAAACGCGUUAUUGUGAUGACGUAAAGCCUUACAUGCUGAGGCAAAAACCAAGUCUCCAGCCCAUCAAAGCAAGCACCGACCCUUCUUUUUGUCAUGGUCGGCUCGCUUACCGCUUUUACUCCCGCAACAUCUCUCAGUAAUGGUUGCGCAUUUGUAGAUAUUAGACAUUCUUUAUCUGAACCCCAACCCCCCCCCCCUGGAUAUGCCCAUGAUAUAUAUAUAUAUAUAUAUAUAUAUAUAUAUAUAUAUAUAUAUAUAUAUAUAUAUAUAUAUAUAUAUAUAUAUAUAUAUAUAUAUAUAUAUAUAUAUAUAUAUAUUUAAGUAUUGGGUCCAGGUUACAAUCAUGGCUGUAUUUAUAGAUCAUUAAGUGACUUUUUUAAAUGUUAUAUCUUAUGUAUCCCCCUUAUCUAUGUAUAGAAUUGGUCGUUGUUGCGUAAAAUGGACAUAUAUUUGUUUAUAUGUUUACUUAUUUUGAUGUUUCAGCGUACAAUUAUUUUUUUCUUUAAAUAAACAAAACAUUUUCAAGAUUUUGAUUUGUUCAUGUUUUUACAUCGUUUUUUUAGAGGUCCCCGUAGGGGGAAAAAGCCGCUAUUAGGUUUAUGCAAAAUGUCCGUCUGUCCGUCUGUCACACUCACAUUUCGAAAACUAGAAGAGAAAUGAAAAAUAUUAUUUCACCAUGCAAUGCGGCUUGAAAAGUUUAGGUGCAAUGGCUAAUUUUGGUUUUCUGAAAGCAAACUGUUUAGUUUAUAAAAUUAAUUAUGCAAACGAUUUUUUCAUAUAAAAAUAACGACAAUAGGUUGUUCAGGGCUUUAAAAAAAGAAAGUAAUUUACUAGAAACGAUUAUUGAAAAUCACUUUCUAAACUUAUUUUACAUUUAAUUUUCUUACAGAAACAUAACAGAAGUUUGUUUUUUUAAUCGAUAAAGAAUGUUCCGGAUUUUGUUUUGAAAAGAAAUCAACCUACAUUACUUACAUUUUCUUACAAAUCGUCGCCAAAAAUUUCUGAAUUUUAUUUAAAAAUCUACUAACACCAAAUAACUGUUUGAAAUCCCUCUUCUCAUUAUUAAAACAAAUAAUCUUCUCGUUUACGAAAAAAUGUUGUUCUGGAUUUUUAUGAACAAUAUUUUAGACCUAUUUUUAUGUAAAAUCUCACUUCUCUUUUACAGUACAUUUAAUUUUCUAGCUAAAACGUUACAAAAUCUAAUUAUCGUUAAUAUUAUGUUCUGAUUUUUAAUGAAAACAACUUCCAAACACCAAAGUAUGGUAUGAAAAUAUCUCCAUAAGGCUGUGGUACUUCUAAUUUUUAUACGAGACCAUCCAAAAAAUUUAAUUAACGGUAUUACAUUUAUCUGGAAUUCUCUUUUUCUCUUACUAUUUAUACAAACAUCCGGAACAAUCUAUUAUAUAUACUUAAAUCUAUUGCGUUUAUACUUAAAACUAUUGCGAUGUUUUAAAACGAAAAUGAAAGGUUUAUCACAUUUUCAAUAGCUUUUAGUUUGUUUUUAUAUUAACAUGACGGACAGACAGACUGACUGACAAAACGCACAUAAAAUGCGGCUUUAAUCCUCUUUAAAUAAAUUCUAUUAGAACUCAGUGCACCAAUGUCUAUGAACCCUCGUUAAAUAUCUCUUGUUAAUAACACAUUUUUGGGUACUAGCCUUUUGAGACGUCAUAUGAAUGGACUCUUUAAAUGUAAUGCUAAAAAACUCGGUGCACCAAUGUCUAUGAACCCUCGAAAAAUUUCUCGUUUUGAUGAAGUCAUUUUUUAUUCUAACUGGGCCGUGUGACGUAGUGGAUUUUUUUCCUUUGACGUCAUAUGGAAUAAAUUAUUUAAAUAAAAUGCUAAAAGAAGUCACUCGGUUGCACCAACGUCUAUGAACUGGCUCGUAUUGAUGAAGGCAUUUUUGUCUAACUAGACCGUGUGACGUAGUGUUUUUUUUUUCUUUUGAUGUCAUAUGGAAUGAAUUCUUUAAAUGAAAUGCUAAAAGAACUCACUCGGUGCACCAAUGUCAAUGAACACUCUAUAACUGACUCGUAUUGAUGAAGGCAAUUUUAGUCUAACUAGGCCGUGUGACAUAGCGGAUUUUUUUUCCUUUGAUGUCAUAUGGAAUUUAUUCUUUAAAUGAAAUGCUAAAUCAACUCGGUAUAAUAAACUAGAUCUAGAUUUUUUACAGUAUAUCUAGAUUUUUUAAACUAGAUCUAGAUUUAUAUUCUAAUUAAAAUCCUUAUUGAUUCUAGAUCUAGAAUUUAUAGGUCUAGGACAAACAACCGAAAGAAAAGAUCCACUAGUUAGAGAACUUGGAAAUUAAAUGCCUAUUUUUUUUUUCUAGCGGUAACUCAAAUUUAACUUGACUGUAAUGAAAAACUAGAAAAAAAAAUUUAGACAAUGCAUUAUUGAUUAUUUUAAAUGUGUUUUCAUUCCUUCCUUGUCAAACAAGAAAUAUCCACUUCUACUUUUAUGCAAC